AAUUUCAAAUUUUAGGAAAUACAUAUAUAAAAUAGGAAUAUAUGAACGUACAGUCUUACCAAAAACAAAUUAGUACAGUUCUUAAACCGAGCUGAGCUUUUUUUGGCUGAUUGGCUCUCUUCUUCUUUCUCUCGCCGUUGGCUCUGUCAACCGGCUACUUCCACCAGAUCUUCAUGCUCUCUUCUUCACCUCACCAAGCCACUUCCACCAGAUCUUAGAAGUUUAUGAAAUGGGAGAUCUACCCACAUCAAAUCCUGUGAUUGAAUUGGAAGGGGAUGAAUUUUGGCCACUUUCUGGGAAACUUUUUUUUGAUGUGGUUCUGACGAAAACAACUAUUAAACCCAUGUACCAACUGGUGGUCCCAGGCAAAUUUAGUGCAACGCUACCUUCAUGUUCAAUCCCUACGGUUCUCACAUUUCGAGGCAAGAACUGGGAGAUGAUAUAUCAUGGAUCAUCAAGUUAUAAAAGGCUUGAUAAUUGGAGAGCGUUUGCCAUUGACAACAAUUUGAAGGUUGGAGAUGCAUGUGUGUUUGAACAACUGGAGUGCAGCAAUGCGAGGCUAGUACUCAGAGUCCAAAUUCUCAGAGGUGACAUCCCAUCUGAAUUUCUAGACAAGCUUGAUGGUGAUAAUGUAGAUGCACCAGUUGUUCUCGAAUAGUAUAUGUCGUAUUGCCUUUUAUUGGAUGUUGUCAAUUUCACGAAUGAGAUUACUUUCGGGAGCUAAUAUGUUUGAAUUUGAUAGAACUCUAGCAUAGCCUAUUAAGGAUGCGAUAAUUGUAUGAUUUUGAGUCCAUGUGUUCCAGUCUAGGAGUUAUGGUGUCAUUUGACAUAAUACUUUAGUUACAUGAGUAUCUAUUAUUGUUUGGAUACCUUUAAACAAUGUAAUUUAGU